GUCCUACUGUUUGUAUAUACACCAAUUUCAGCUCUCUGUUUUCCGUUUCGAUUAUGACUUCUUAGAAUCGACACGAGUUGAUUUCAAAAAAAUAUUUUUGUUUUAUGAGUUUUAAGAUUCACUGAUAGUUGAAUUUAAUACACACAAAGGAAUACAUGACGCGUCACUCAUUGAGGAAUUAGAAGUGUUUGUGUAGGAAAUCAAAUUGGGGGAAGUUUAUUAAUUCUAUUAAUGGCAGUUGUGUGUAUCUGUAGAUUACUAGCUGAUGCCUUUAGGCUGAAAAUAUGAACUCAUGUUGAUUAGAUUGGGUGAGAUACAGAUUCUGUAAAGUGGGUUUCCCUGAUUUUUGGAGAUAUUUGCUGAAUUAUUUGGAACAGCUUUACUGUGGGUUUUCCUCUAUAUGUUCUGCGGCAUUUUGCUGAAGUAGCUGAGGCUUGUCUGUAUCAACAUAGCAAAAUGGCUACCACAGGAUCAAUUAAUCAUGGACUAGUAAGUCCAAUGCACUUGAACAGAAGAUCAGUUCAUUCCAGGGUAUACCAUGUGAAUUUUGAUUCUCAAUAUUACAUUGGAUUUCGGCAAAGAAAAGCAGUGCUAUUCCGUUGGGGCAAAAUUCAAGGAAAAAAUUGUUACAGGAGAAAUGGUGCAAAUGUCAUAAGGAUAAGUAACAACAUAGAAACAGAGCAUCCUGCCUCUGUUGUCAAAGAUGGGGAUAAAAACUACUUGGAGUCCUGGAAGCAAGAAUUGAAAACUUGUUUGGGCUCUGACGAUUUGGAUGAGAAACAUUUGGAUUAUGUUCAGAAGCUUAUAGACAGGAGAUGUGUGGAUAACAUAAGAAUGCUGGUGGUGGAUACAAUACAGAAUGCUAAGGCAGGGCACCCUGGAUUACCUCUGGGGAUGGCAGAGGUUGGGUACUUGUUAUACAGGCAUGUUAUGAAGUAUAAUCCUGCGAAUCCAAGCUGGUUCAACAGGGAUCGCUUUGUUCUCAGUGCAGGACAUGGGUGCCUUCUUCAGUACAUCUGUCUACACCUUGCUGGGUUUGAGUCUGUUCAGAUAGAAGAUUUAAAAAGAUUAUGCAAGUUAGGUGGCCGAACACCUGGUCAUCCAGAGAAUGAAAUAACUGCUGGUGUUGAGGCUACCACUGGUCCACUGGGCCAAGGAGUUGCAAAUGCAGUGGGUUUUGCACUUGCAGAGAAACAUCUAGCAGCACGUUUUAACAAGCCCGAUACAAUGGUUGUUGAUCACCGGACGUAUUGCAUUAUGGGUGAUGGAUGUGCAAUGGAGGGAAUAUCAAAUGAGGCAGCUUCACUGGCGGGACACUGGAAACUUAAUAAGCUCACAAUAAUAUAUGAUGAUAACCAUGUUACAAUUGAUGGAGAUGCUAGUCUUGCAUUUUCUGAAGACAUUUGUGGCCGAUUUAGAGCUCUUGGCUGGAAUACUAUUGCAGUUGAUAACAUACAUGAAGACAUGGAUUCCUUUCGUAGAGCACUUCUUGCUGCUUUCACUGAAACUGAAAAGCCUACAUUCAUUAAGGUCAAAACUCUCAUUGGAAGGUUGUCCAAGAAGGAGGGAACAUCCAAAGCUCAUCAUGGAACAUUUGAUGAUGAAGAUGUUGAGAAAAUGAGGAAACAAGUGUAUUGGGAAGAUAGAAAACAAUUUUAUGUUAUUCCAAUGGUAUACAGAGAAAUGCAGAAGCAAGCAGAAUAUGGAAAAAAAUUAGAGAAAGAAUGGAAUGCAAUAUUUGAGAAAUACAAACAGAAAUAUCCUAGUGAAGCAGAGGAGUUGACAACUCUUCUUCAGGGUAGAAUUCCUCAUGACUGGGAAUCAGCUCUACCGAUAUGGUCAGAAUCUGAUCCAGUGGAUGCAACCCGUGGAUAUUCUGAUAAGUGUUUGAAUCGAAUUGCCAAAUCCAUUCCUGGUCUAAUAGGAGGAAGUGCAGAUCUUGCAAGCUCAAACAAGGUCAUCUUAAAGGAAUUUGAAGAUUUCAAGCCAAAAACCCCAUGGGGCCGGAACAUCCAUUUUGGUGUUAGAGAACAUGCCAUGGCAGGAAUCUCAAAUGGGAUUGCCUUACAUGGUAGUGGAUUGAUCCCAUUUGCAGCAACCUUCCUCAUAUUUUCAGACUACAUGAAGAAUUCAAUGCGGCUUGGGGGCUUGAGCCAUGCUGGAGUGGUGUACAUUUUAACACAUGAUUCAAUUGGCCUAGGAGAAGAUGGCCCAACACACCAACCAGUUGAACAACUUGCAGGUUUUCGAGCUGUGCCGAAUUUACUAGUUUUGAGGCCUGCAGAUGGCAAUGAAACAGCAGGUGCUUAUAAAGUAGCAAUCAAUCGGAGAGAUGGACCAUCUGUCAUUGCAUUAUCAAGGCAAAAACUUGCUGCAAACUUGGCAUGGACAGCAUCUGAAGGUGUUGAAAAGGGAGGAUAUGUCAUAAGUGAUAAUUGCGACAAUGAUGAACCAGAGAUUAUCUUGAUUGGAACUGGAUCAGAGCUAUGCCUUUGUGAGGGUGCUGCAAAGAAGCUCAGAGAAGAAGGAAGAAAAGUAAGAGUGGUCUCUUUGGUCUGCUGGGAAUUGUUUGACAAACAACCUGAAACAUACAAAGACACCAUACUUCCUCCAAAUGUGGACAAGAGACUGAGUGUUGAGGCUGGUUCUCCAUUAGGGUGGAGAGCCUAUGUGGGCUCCAAGGGGCUUAUACUAGCCGUGGAAGACUUCGGAGCUAGUGGAGCUUACCUAGAUGUAUUUGAGAAAUAUGGGUUUACAGAAGAAAAUGUAACAAAAUUAGCUAGGUCUCUGCUGAAGUAGCUUUAGCCUGAGCCUGCCAACAGUGUGCAGAUAAGACCAUCCGAUCUUCCUUGUGCAACUCCUACGAGUAGACAAAUAAAGACCGAAACAUGCUACUGUCCUAAAUGGUUUACAGACGGCAUCAUAAUAUAUAUUACUUUUCUGAUGCAAAUAGGUAAUUAAUGUUUCCCAUCUGAUAAUUAUAUACAAUUUUCUGCUUGAUGCAACUUCUUUUUCAAAGUUAUUACUGGAGGCUUAUUUUCAACUUCUGUGUAAGAAGAUUUGAAUGUUGUUACAGUAGGAUGAUAAAUUCAUGGUUUUGGUGAAUGAAAUAAUCUCUCCUUCUCAGAGAAACUUGUAGUAGUAUGUAUUUGGAAAAGAAUGGUUAGAGGCAGAUUGUAAAAAAAACCUCCUUUUAUUUUAAAGCUAAUUUAUAUUGCUUGGAUUUAAA